GUACAAGCAGUUUGUAAAAACUGUUAGUAUGUGAUCCAUUGGACAAAUAUUAUCACUUGUUUCUUCACCUUGUGUGAUAUAACUGAUGUACUCUGACCACAUCCACAUUUCUAAAACACAGACAUUGAUGAGAUGUGAACAGAAAAAUCUGUAAUCAUCCCAGCUGAGAAAUUGCACUUUUGCCCGAUUAACAUUUCCUCUGAAUUUACCAGGUGGAAACGAUGAUGUCUGUUAUAGAGCUGCUUUUAGAAACACUGAAAGAGUUGAGAGACGGAGAGUUCCAGAAGUUCGAGAAGGUCAUCGUGAGUCAAACUGACUUCUACGGAUAUUUCUCAGACAACCCAUCGAUUCAACAGGGGUCAACAGACAGACAGGACAUAGUGUUUUCAGUGGUGCUGACCUACGACCAAGAGUCUGUGGAGAAGACCAAGGAGGUUUUAAAGAAUAUGAAGAGGACUGAUCUGGUGCAGAAGUUGUCAGACAGCAGCUCAGCACCCAAAAAAAAACACUCAGAUGCACUGAUCCAGAAAGUAGCAACAAUAGCAGCUAUUAAACAGCUGCUUAUGGAAACUCUGAAUGAUUUGAAUAAAGAGGAGCUCUGUGAAUUCAGUCGGUCCCUGAAGUGGUUUUUCUCCCAGAAGAACCUCCCAGACAGCCCAUGGAUGUGGAUUGACCCAGAAGACAGAGAACUAAUAGUGGAUCUGAUGUUGGAGAUUUACGGCCAGCAGUCUGUAGAGGUGACCAGGGAUGUGUUCAUGGUAAUGAACCGGACUGAUCUGGUGCAGAGGCUGUCAAAGCCCAGCUCAGGACUCAAAGAGAAACACUCUGUGGAUGAACAUGGACCUGCACUGUCAGAGAGAGCAGCAGCAAUGGCAGCUGUGAAACAGGUUCUUUUGGAAACACUGAGAAGUAUUUUGUUUUUAGUCAUUUUAAAGGAAUAUGCCGCCGUUUGUUGAAAUAGGGUUAUUCACCGUCUCCUAUAUUUAUAUAGGUGGGCAAACGCAACAAACGGUGGCAUAUUCCUUUAAGCUCACAUUGCACCAAAUGUAUGAUUGAGCCUAAUGUGUGUAAUUAGUUGUUCCGAUACUUUCAUGACUUAAAUGCUAUCAUCGAUGCAAACAUUUAUGUUUCAUAACUACAGUGAAGAUGUUACAUAAAUGCCGUCUGAUUACUUUGAAUC